AUGCUGUCUAGAAGGAUUCUCAGCUGGGCAGUGCUGCUACUGACUCUAGCUACUGUUACCAGGAGUGAGCACUAUCACAUUGUCGAUUCAACUGACUUGUGUCAUGACUAUCGAAAUGGAACUUGUUUUACUCUCGAACAGCUUGUUCAAACGGACCUGUUAUCUGGUGGAAACAAUCUCACCUUGAGCUUUCUACCUGGAGAUCAUGUGUUAACAGAGCAGUUAUUGAUUCGUAACUUCUCACAUGUGCAAAUCACUGGCCAGAACAAAAGUGCAACUGUAGUUGAAUUCAAUGGCAAUGGUGCGAUACGUUUUGUUAGUAUUACUGAAUUGAGUAUUGAACACUUGGGUUUUGUUGGAGCGAAUGUUGGACCACAAAACUCACAUCAAGGAUUUACCAUUGACAGUGCCAACGAUGUCUAUAUCAACAACUGCUACUUUAUGGACUUUGAUUUACUCAAUCAGGCAGAUACAGUAAAAAUUGUUAAUACUAAAACUACAAUAAUUGAGAGCACUCUCUUUAUAAACAACACUGGUCGGGCACUGCACGUUGAGGCUGAUGAUGUGUACAUAACAAAUAGUGUGUUCACUAGAAAUGAUGAAGGUGCAUUUUACAGCGAGUCAAACAACGCACAGAUCAACAACACAGAGUUCAACUACAACAGUGCAUUGACUGGAGGAGCAGUAGAAGUGAUAUCUGGUACUGUAGCGAUCACUUGGUGUAACUUUACAAAUAACAAAGCUUCUCAGGAUGGUGGAGCGUUUCAUGUUGGCUCAGGCAGUAGUGUGAACAUCUCCAAUUGUGAGGUAACAAACAACAGUGCUGACGGGAAUGGUGGAGCGAUUUAUGCUGGCUCAGGCAGUGUGUUUAUCUCUGACAGCACACUGACAAACAACAGUGCUCAUGUGAGUGGUGGAGCGAUUGGUGUUUACUUUGGCAGUGUGAUCAUUUCCGAUUGCACUCUGACAAACAGUAGUGCUAACAAGUAUGGUGGAGCAAUUAAUGUUCACACAGCCAGUGUUUCCAUCUUUGACAGCACACUAACAAACAACAGAGCUAUAGAUAGGAGUGGUGGAGCAAUUGAUAAUUACUCAGGCAAUGUGUCCAUCUCCGACAGCACACUAACAAACAAUACUGCUAACAGGGAUGGUGGAGCGAUUGAUAAUCAUCACUCAGGCAAUGUAUCCAUCUCUAACAGUGAGCUGACAAACAACAGUGCUGACUAUGAAGGUGGAGCAAUUGAAAAUUACUCAGGCAAUGUGUCUAUCUUUGACAGUAUCCUGGCAAAUAACAGUGCUAAAAUGGGUGGUGGAGCGAUUGGUGGUAACUCAGGCACUAUCACCACCAUCUCCGACAGCACGCUGACAAACAACAACGCUGGCUCAAAUGGUGGAGCAAUCGAUAAUUACUCAGGCAGUAUGUCCAUCUCUUACAGCACACUAACAAACAAUACUGCUAACAGGAGUGGUGGAGCAAUUGAUAAUCAUCACUCAGGCAAUGUAUCCAUCUCUAACAGUGAGCUGACAAAUAACAGUGCUAAAAGGGGUGGUGGAGCAAUUGGUGGUAACUCAGGCACUAUCACCACCAUCUCCGACAGCACACUGGCUAACAACAGAGCUAACUUUGGUGGAGCGAUUUAUGUUACCUCAGGCAAUGUGUUCAUCUUCGACAGCAUGCUGGAAAAAAACAGUGCUCACUGGAAUGGUGGAGCGAUUCACAUCAUAUACUCAAGCAGGGUAACAAUUUCAGAUAGUACACUGACAAAAAACACAGCUGGUAGUUGGGGUGGAGCUAUUAAUGUGGACUCAAGCACUGUGUCUAUCUCCGACAGCACGCUGACAAACAACAACGCUGGCUCAAAUGGUGGAGCGAUCGAUAAUUACUCAGGCAGUAUGUUCAUCUCCUACAGCACAUUUACAAACAACAGUGCUGACAAUGGUGGAGCAAUUGGUGUUACCUCAAGCAGUAUGACCAUCUCCUAUAGCUCACUGACAAACAACAGAGCUGACGCAAAUGGUGGAGCAAUUCAUGGUGACCUUGGCAGUACUGUGUACAUCUCCGACUGUACGCUCAAAAGCAACGGAGCUACUUCUGGAGGAGGAAUAUUUCUGAGUGUGGGUACACUAAUAGUAAAUGAGCCAAUAAAGAUCAAUUUUAAUGCAGCAAAACAGGAUGGUGGAGGAAUUUAUGCUCAUUCAAGUAGAGUUGAAUUUCAAUAUUCUUCCAAUAUUAAACGGACUGAGAUUGUUGGCAACAUUGCUUUGAAUGGUGGAGGUGUUUAUGCAGUAGCUACAACCAUUAAACUAACUCAAUCACACAUUAACAUUGACUCAAACACAGCAACUGCUAAAGGAGGUGGAGUGUUUCUGCGGCAAAGUUCAAGACUGUACUUAUUAAAAAAUUACUAUGAAGAUGUGGCACAAAAGCCAUUGGUCUCAUUACUGAUCAACAGCAAUUUGGCUCGGUACGGAGGGGGAAUAUUUGUUGCGGAUGACACGGAGAGUGGUGCCUGCAGAGCAGGGGCCACAGAAACUGGUGCUAUUCAAACUAUUUUUGAGGAUUGCUUUAUUCAAACAAUCAACUUGAAUGAACCCAAAUUGAAAAUAAACCACUUCAACACAUUCAUGACUAACAACAUAGCUACUCGAUCAGGAGCAGACAUCUAUGGAGGUCUGUUGGACAGGUGUACAGCAAGUCAAAAUGCUGAAUAUCACACUUCUUCAAAUGGAUUAGACUACAUAAAUAAAACUGUAAAACCCUCCAUCGAAUUAUCAAUAUCUUCUUCGCCUGUUCAAGUACUUUUUUGUAACUAUUCAAAUGACUAUGUUUUUACAAGAAAAGGACACAAGUAUAAAAUCAGUGUUAUGGCUGUUGACCAAGUUAGAAAUCCAAUUAAUGCCACAAUUAUCAGUUCUGUUAUCACUACGAGUGGAGUUGGUCGUCUCAAAGAAGGACAGACUGAACAAACAGUUGGCAAUCAGUGCACAGAAUUAGAGUACAAUGUAUUCUCAAAAGACAGCUCUGCUCAGAUGGAACUCUAUGCCAAGGGUCCAUGCAUCAAUUUGGGAAUUUCAAGACAACUUAUUGAUAUUUCUUUUCUACCCUGCACAUGUCCUAUUGGGCUCAAGCCAAUUCAGUCCGAUAUUGAAUGUAAGUGUGACUGUGAUCCAGUCUUGCAACAAGAUUAUCUGAUAACAAACUGUUCUGAGAAAAAUGGAACUAUAAAACUGGAAAGUAACAUAUGGAUAAGAGGUGCAAAUACCACCAACGGAACAGGUUAUGUUGUUAGCAACUGUACAUUUGACUAUUGUGUACAAAAACCAGUCGACAUUAGUCUAAGCAACCCUAAUAAACAGUGCGCCUACAAUCGAAGUGGUGUUUUAUGUGGAGAAUGUGAACCAGGACUAAGUCUUGUGUUGGCUACGUCAAACUGUAAAGAAUGCUCUAAUCUUUUCCUUCUUUUGCUAAUCCCAUUUGCGCUAGCUGGCAUAUUGCUAGUUGCUUUAAUUCUCAUACUCAAUAUUACUAUAGCAACUGGAAAUAUUUAUGGCCUUAUUUUCUAUACCAACAUAGUAGCUGCUAAUAGAGUGAUUUUCUUGCCUAAUUUAAAUAACUUUUUAACAGUUUUCAUAUCAUGGUUGAAUCUUGACUUGGGAAUUGAGAUAUGCUUUUAUGAUGGAAUGAACUCUCAAGCAAAAGUGCUCCUUCAACUUAUGUUUCCAGCUUACUUGUUUUUUCUUAUGUUUCUUAUUAUCAUUCUGAGCAAGUAUUUUGACUUAUUUUCAAAGCUCCUCUCCAACAGGAAUCCAGUUGCUGCCCUCGGCACACUCGUCCUACUCUCUUAUUCCAAACUCUUACGGUUUAUCAUUGCUGCACUGCAAUACAGGGUUUUAUAUUAUCCUAAUGACACAAGUGACAUAGUUUGGUUAAAUGAUGGCAAUGUACAAUACUUCACUCCUGAUCACAUCCCUCGGUUUGUUGCUGCAGCCAUAAUCCUCAUUGCUGGUGGAUUGUUCACUGUACUGCUCUUCUUUGGACAAUGGUUUCCACGCUGCUCCAAGGUUAUGAAAUGGACCAAAAAUACAAAGUACAUUGGCUUCAUGGACACAUACCAUGCUCCAUUCACUCCCAAACAUCGCUACUGGGUGGGACUGCUACUCUUUGCUCUGAUUGCUCAUAAUCUAGUAACUGCUAUGGCUCCAGACAUUUACCUCCCUAUUCUAUCAUCUGGAGUUCUAUCCUUUGGACUAAUUGGAUGGAAACUAUUGAAUAAUCGUUUGUAUAAAAAUACAUUCUGUGGUUCCCUCGAAACUCUAUAUCUGCUCAAUAUUGCUACUCUAGCAUUUGGCACCUUCUAUAUCAAAGAUACCCAAAAAAAUCAGUCAGUACUAGCCAAUACUUCAAUGGCUAUAUCAUUCACCCUAUUUGUCACAACACUAUGUUAUCACUUUUACCAAUUCGUACUCAAGAAGAGUAAUACGUGGCUGAAGAUAGAGGACACCAUAAGAAACUUACGAGCUAGUGCUGCACACAGGAGACUCCGACGAGCUAACAAUGGCCAGGAAAUGUAUCAGCUGGUAGCCGAUGAAAACGAUGACGAUGAAUUACUUGAAAUAGCAGACAACUAUGAACAAAGAGACCCCGUGGACCCACCUUACACUGAUGGAGCCAUGGAAGAAGCUAACCCUGAUUGCUACAUCACUCCUCCUAUAAUUAGACCAGUUAUGAGGCCAGACCAGCUGAGACUAUCCUACAUGGAUGAACUAGCUCCCACCACCACCGAGGACUAUACACCAACUCCUCCCCCUCAAAGAGUCAACCGUCGUCCUGUAGUUACGCACACGGAAAUUGACCCCAUACGCAAGGAAAUAUGAACUGUCUUAUUUAAAUAAAUGUACCCCAAACAUUUUUACAAGCUAUAGUUCUUUAAAGUAAUGUUAUAGUUAUUAUAAUUAGAUCGAGUGAUAAUAAUUCUAGAAAUGAUUGUAAAUUGAUUCCACUUGAUGUCUACGCCCAGUUCUACAUGUCCAUUUAUCAAGCACUACAGUGA